UGAUUUCGGCUCCGACCUCAAAAAAAAUGCUAAAAGGAACGAAAGUCUUAUAGUAGUCACUUGUAAAUAAAUUAUUCUUCCAAUAUACUUACCUAGUUACAACAAAUGAACGCAUUGAACCGUAUACAUUUGUAUAUAUAAGCUUCCUCUCUUAUCUGUCUGAAGAUUAUCAUUGCUUCUUUGCAAGAAUGAAUAAGGCUGUAUGUUUCUGAUUAUAUAUAUUUCUGCUAGAUGCUAACUAUAUGCAACAUAUCAAUUAUAGAGUUAAAAAUCGAGAAACAUAUGGUAUAUCGUGUAUUGUUGUGAACUUACGAUGCUAUGGGAAGUUCCUCUUCAAUUGUAUUUUCAGAGAUGAGAGGUUUGAGAAAAGGUACUUGGUCUAAAGAAGAAGAUCAACUUCUUAGGAGAUGUAUAGAAAAGUUUGGCGAAGGGAAAUGGAGCCAAGUUCCUCUCAAAGCAGGACUGAAUCGAUGCGGGAAGAGCUGUAGAUUGAGGUGGUUAGACUACCUACAACCAAAUAUCAAGAGAGGAGAUUUUGAGCCAGAUGAACUGGAUCUCAUCAUUCGAAUGCAUAAGCUUCUCGGUAACAGAUGGUCAUUAAUUGCCGGUAGGCUUCCAGGAAGAACAGCAAAUGAUAUCAAGAAUUACUACAACACUCACUUGAAGAAAAAUUCUUUCUUCAAAUACGAUACUGAUCAGGAGGAACAAGUGGUAGUGAUCGAGAAAUUAGAUAAUAACAUUAAUGAUCAUUGUCCACGGUUCAAAAACGUAAACGCCGACUUCUUCUGGACAUCAAUAACGUAGAUGAUGGUGAUAACGUUAAUCUUUUGAAGAUGAAGACCAAGAUUAUAAGUCCUCUACCUCGACGCUUCUCUAGAGAAGAAUAUCAGUGGAUUACAAAUAAAGCUUUAUCGGAAGAUAGGACGGACAAUAUUAAUAGUGCCACAGCAGCUACAACCCCUAAUAUUGAUAGUAGCAAUAAAAUUACAAAAUUUUCUGAAGGCAUUGAUGAUGGUCACCGUACUUACUAUUGUAGUUAUGAUAAUGAUGAUGAUCAGGAGGUAGAUGAAGGUGGUAAUGUUGCUGACAACAACUACUGGAAUAGUUUUUAUUUGGAUCACAAUGCAGGGCAUAUGUUAGGUGAAGAACAAGAUCCAUACUUCAUCUUCUAGAAGUGAAGUAUAGAGUUAAGUGGUUAAUUUUAUUACUCAAUGAAAAAGAGGCCAAAAAGCACCAUUGUAGAAAAUCCUUUUCCUGUUUCUGGAACCUUUUCUUUUUUGAAUAUAUACAGAAAUAUGUCUGUUCUGGAC